CUGAGCUUCAAAACAUUGACAAGAUACAGCUUUGAUUAUGGCCUACUUAUCUAGAAGGAGGUUCUCUACUGACAACGAUGCACCUCGCAGUACACAGCGCUAUCCUAACCCUAUCGGUGACUUUGCAUCGUUCAUGAUGUUCUUCAAUGAGAUCUUUCUCAAUGACGAAUAUAUGAUUGACUUUGGUAUGACCAACGACGUACAGACGAGCAAUGUUAUCGGAGAAGGGAAUCAAUUCGAAGUCAAAAGAUUGGCCCUCCAAGGAUCCAUGUCUGUUAGGACCUCCCUUGACCCCCACAGCCGACUAAGCAAAGGAGACAACGUAGUCAUCAAGCGACCACGUCUGGAUGUUGACGAGUCUGGCCAUCUCAUCGAGCCCGAAAUAAUCACGAAUAUUGUCCAAGAGCUUCGCGUUGUGUCCCAUCAUCGUCUCCGUAAGCAUCCUAACAUCCUUGACGUCUAUGGAUUCGCAUGGGAAGACGAGUAUGUAUCACCCCGCAUCAAAGUUUGGCCGAUUAUCAUGGUUGAAUACGCGGCCGGUGGUACGCUGGAUGACUAUUUUUCGGCGUCCUCAGGCUCCUUGACCUUGGACCAGAAGCUCGGGUUAGCCGGCGACGUCGCUCAGGGCAUUGAUGCACUACAUAGGUGUCGCAUCUUACAUUCAGACAUUAAGCCUCCCAAUGUCUUAGUCUGUGUUGACAAGGGUGGUGGUGUAAUCGCAAAGCUCUCGGACUUUGCACUUUCAAUUUUCCUUGAUGAGAGACAACCGAAUGAGGCAUGGAAAAGAGGAACAGAAAUGUGGAUGGCUCCGGAAUGGGGGUCAGUGAUACCUAAUGAUGAGCUACUCAAAGCGGACUAUUACAGCUGCGGCCUUCUACUCUGGUCUAUAUUGGUUGAUGGCGAGGAAUUAUGGGAUAACGACACCUUCGGUAAUACACCCGAGCACUGUUAUUCAUCGUUUAUGCGUGCCAAAGAUCGAGGCGACGAGUUACUCGUGAUUGUAAUCGCAAUAAUUGAAGGCCGUGGGAUACCGAAUGAUGAAAUUGAAGAGAUAGCGGACUUAUUGGGAUCGCUACUACGUCAGGACCCUUGCCAAAGGACAUUAGAUUUGCUGUUAAGGGCACAUGGAGUAAUUCAAAGAGAACCUGCUGUCUAUAUGGACAAUCCUUCUCUCUUGAUAAGUGAAACUGAAGGCGGGGUAUCCAAUCGUUCUCAUGGACUUAUUCCAAAACUGCGCAACUUUUCCGAGAUAUCUCGCCGAUAUGCUCCAAUGCAAGUCCAACAGCAGCUUCUCGAUUCACUUCAAGAAGUUGCAAGAAGCCCGGAUCAGUCUGCAGAAAAGAAAGCCGACGCAAGCUAUGCGGUAGCAAUUCUAUACCUGCUUCGCUUUGGAACAGUUCGGCAAUCUGAGUCUCCACCGACCGGCUAUACUGGAUAUGAAAUCGACUACAACCAAGUGCUUAAGUGGCUUAGAGAAGCGGCUGAUUUUGGGUCUACCAUUGCGCAGUCUUUAUAUUUCCAGUUCUUCGAGGCUUCUGGCCUAAGCCCUGAGAACGAUCCAGUUUCAAACGAAAAGAGAGCCGAAUGGUUGUGGAAUGGCACCAUAGCCGGGUCGCAUCUCGCGUCAGCAAUAUUUCACCACUGCAAUCCAGAGCGCUGGGAGGAGGCGGACCGUUUGUUCAGAACAAGCCUCUGUGGUGUCGGAAAGGCGCUUUUUGAGGAAGAUCUCACCAGUAGCUUGAAUGAAGAGAAGUUGAGAUAUUUAACAAAUCGCACGGGCGGAUCGGACCUAAAUGCUCGCGGUGACACCGUUUUACACUGGGCUGCAAUGACAGGGGCGGAAACAGAGCUACGGAUAAUUCUUGACGGAUCCGCAGAGCUUGAUAUCAAUCAGACGAACUAUGAGACCGAGACUCCACUUUUCCAGGCUGCCAGAUCGGGACAUAUCAACAUAGUCCAACUACUUCUGUCUCUGGGAGCCAACCCAUCCAUCUGUUCAGGUAACGGAGAGAAUGUCCUCCAUUGGCUUUCUUCGUUUGAUGUGGACGAGAUGAACUUGUUGCUUGUUGCGGCAAGUUUUAUUGAAGGCGGCUCCAGUUUAGAACAGAUGUGCUCUCAAAAUUCCAUAUUUAGCCUGGAUUCUUGUGUGACGUUAUCGUCUGGUUCACCGUUGCGAAGGGCAGUCGCGCGAAACCAUACAUCGGCAGUGAGAGUCCUCCUUCAGCUUGGAGCAAGUCCAUACAAUGGCGGAAAUAAUUCCCCAAUAGCUUUGGCAAGCUCAGCACAUAAUAUUGAGAUAUUGGAUCUUUUCCUGCCCCCUAACUACUCAAUCAAGCAUCCUCCUUGGAAGGAAAUGUCGCGUUGGAAAAAUUGGCAAUUCCUAAUGGAAAUCCUGUCUGGAUUGUCAGCAAAAAGCUUCCAACUUGGAGCCCCAGCUGCUUUCCAGUCCAUGCAAGACCAAGGAGAUGAGCAGUCGCUUCUCGGAUACGCCCUAGACCCCUUGCCGCUAAAUGAGCGGAUAGCCCUACACGGUUCUCGUUUUAAAGAGCAAAUGCAGGCCACAAUUCGAAGGCUACGAGAAGUAGGGGAAGAAGACUAUUCCAAGGUAACACCGAACGGGAACUCAGCAAUGAUGCAAGCUGUCACGAGCCGAGAUAUAAAUAUUGUCUCAUUUUUACUCGAUUCAGAUUUCCCAGAAAUGGCGCCGCUUUUAGUCCGUGUUUGCCCUUCUGCCUCUGGCUCCAACACGCCCCUUGGACUCGCGAUACUUAUGAAUGAUAAACCGAUAUUCGAUAAACUGCUUGAGUUUAUAGGUCCAAACACUCCUUUAAACCUCUCAGCUUCCAUGGAAAUGUUUGUCCCAGAUAUCAUAAAGUCUAUAUUGCCCAAGGAGAGCAUGGCGGCACCCGAUGGCUCUAUCUGGACAGUCGCGUCUUUUCCGCCAUCUUCCGAGUUCGUCAACCUUGUCCAUCUUUGCGUGGCAUCUACGCCUGACCCUUCCUUUGUACGUUCAAUUCUGCAAUCCACGGCGGACCCUCACAAGUUGGUCAACGAACAUGGUUUCUUUGAUGAGCUACCUUUCACCAUGGCCUUGGUGAGACACGCAUUCGAGGUGGCGGAAACUCUGUUGAAUUAUGGAGCUAGGCCGGACGAGGAAGCUCAUCAGCCGACUGCUGGAAUAAAUGGCUUAACACCUCUUGGUGCUCUCAUUGGGUUUAAUAACCACGGCACUACAAGAGCAAUUGAUUGGCUCUUGGCACAUGGAGGUGGUUUUAUCGUCAAUCAACAACUCGGGCUGACCGCACACCACAUGGCCGUCCGAGCCGGCGGAUUCUACGAAACGGAAGGAAGAGCAAGUCAAAUGCUUCCCAUCGAGCUCUACAAGUUUGAUCCCGCCAAUCUCAAUAUAAUCUUGCAUUAUUUCAAUCAGCCUGAGCAGAUAAACUACCGUGAUCACUACGUUGGAUUUACAGCUCUUCAUUACGGAGUUCUUCGACUGAAUCCUGAGGCAAUCGGGCUUCUUCUCAACGCUGGGGCUGAUCCGGAUAUUGAGGGCGAGAACGGCAUUCCUACCGCGCGACAGAUUGCAAUGUCACUAAGCAGAGAGAGCAUUCCAGAGCGCGUGAGUUUAAGAGGCGAAAAAAUGGUAGCAAGAUAUCUGAAUCGGAUUAACAGAGUGAGGGAGUCCAUGCAGAGAGUAUUUAGUAUCACAUUCCCAUGACUACACGGGAUGUCUCUGACAUUUUCUGUGCUCCGCGUUCAAUUCUCAGUCAUUUUUCGCAACUUUGCAUUCUUAAAAAAUAUUAAUUCUUUUAUGCUAUUACAAGAAAACCGAAGAUAUACCAUAUCAAACUUUUCAAUUCGCAGUUGCUGUCAUGGGACAUAUCCGUUGUAUCUAGAAACUAAAUUUGGCACAAGAGAACUUGAUAAAGAAAUGAUAUCUGGC